AAGCAACACUCAGCAUUCUAGCUUUUCUAUCAAAACACUUGCUUCAGUUCAGUUUUCAUUUUUUUUCAAAUGGCUUCUUCAGCAAUGGCUCUCUCCUCCCCUUCCCUAGCUGGCCAAGCAGUCAAGCUCAGUCCCUCCACAUCUACUCUCUUCGGUGAGGGCAGAGUCACCAUGCGCAAAACCGCUGCCAAGUCCAAAAAUGUAUCAUCUGGCAGCCCAUGGUACGGCCCGGACCGUGUUAAGUACUUGGGCCCAUUCUCUGGUGAGGCCCCAUCUUAUCUCACUGGAGAGUUUCCCGGGGACUACGGUUGGGACACUGCUGGGCUAUCAGCCGACCCCGAGACCUUUGCCAAGAACCGUGAGCUUGAAGUCAUACAUUCCAGAUGGGCCAUGCUUGGGGCCUUGGGCUGUGUUUUCCCGGAACUCCUAUCCCGCAAUGGAGUCAAGUUCGGUGAGGCUGUUUGGUUCAAGGCCGGAGCCCAGAUAUUUAGCGAGGGUGGGCUGGAUUACUUGGGAAACCCAAGCUUAGUUCAUGCCCAAAGCAUUUUGGCAAUUUGGGCUACUCAGGUCAUCUUAAUGGGAGCUGUUGAAGGCUACAGAAUUGCCGGUGGGCCUCUCGGUGAGGUUGUCGACCCAUUGUACCCUGGUGGGAGCUUUGACCCAUUAGGACUCGCUGAAGAUCCAGAGGCAUUUGCAGAACUUAAGGUGAAGGAGCUAAAGAAUGGGAGAUUAGCCAUGUUCUCUAUGUUCGGGUUCUUCGUGCAAGCCAUUGUCACCGGAAAGGGACCAAUUGAGAACUUGGCUGAUCACUUAGCUGACCCUGUUAACAACAAUGCUUGGUCAUAUGCCACCAACUUUGUUCCCGGAAAGUGAUCGAAGUUAAAGAGUUGAGAGGGGGAGAGUGACAUUGUGUGCAUGUUUGUCGUGACAUCAAUGGAGAUUUAUUUUC